AUGUUUCAUGUCCCAUUAAAGGCUGGUUGGUCCAGUAUCGACGAAGACUACAUACGUGUACAUAAAUUUCUUGAUUCUCGAUUACUUUGCAGAUACAACGAUAUCAUUUGCAUUGAUGCUACAAGAGUGGUUCUGAAAGAUCGCCCUCCAGAUGAUGAUUAUAUUCAUGCCAGCUGGAUGACAAUGCCGGAUGGCCAGAAGUAUAUAUGCACACAAGGACCACUUCUGGAAUGCCUUGAUGAUUUCUGGCAUAUGAUCACGUCAGAGAAAAGUAAAGUUAUAGUAAUGCUGUGUAAUUUUAAUGAAGGUUAG